UCUAAACUUCCAUUCAGCAUGUAUGCUUUUCUAUGUGUCAAUUAUCUCUCUGUUUGCCAAAUAUUGGAUAGAGAGAAAAAGGAAUACACAAUAAAAAGGAAGAGGGAGUGGGGGUUUAGGAUUGUGUGGGGGCACUGAAGAAAGAACGAACCUCAAUAAAUGACAUGGGAUAUGUGAAAAAGAGAGGGAAUUUGUUCCUCAAAACUCUAAUUCCAAUUACUUAAUAAGUUUACACAAAUAGAGAAAGCAUAACACUAACACAAAUCUCUAGAUAUAGUUGAAGGAUCUUGACCAAAAUUAUAUUAAGCUAACAAGAAAGUGGUGAAUUUUGUAAUAAUUACAUAUUUUUCAUUUUAUAAUUACAUCAAAAUUUUAAGAGUAUUGCUGAUAAAAUUUCUUUUUUUAUUUCAUUGAAUUUUCCUCGCCUUUAUCUUAUAUGCCAAAUAUGUCUAUUAAUCUUGUAGAACGGAUUAUAUUUGGGGAUUGGGUUUGAUUUUGAAAGAAAGAAGAUCUUUUUUAAUAGCAUAAAUGAUCAAUCGGUUUGGAGAACAGAUUGUUUUAGGGAUCAGAUUUGACUUUGAAACAGAGACUUCAUUUGAAGAGAGAGACAAACAAUAUAAAAAGAAAACUAAAAGGCAAAAAUACAUAUAAAAAACAAAAGAAGGCUCUGCAAUCAGAUACAUCCAUGUAGAAGGGUAUGUUCCACAGCAGUAAUAAAUUUCACAUAGGUAAACAUGUUAUAAUUGACAGACGUGCUCAUGCAGUGGGCUUGUGGAAGCCCAUUUGAAACAUUUGAAGUACAUAGACUUGCUUGCUCUAGGAACAAAGCUGCAGAUGAUUUUCGCUCUUUCACUUGCUCAUGUAAAGGGAUAUAUUUAUAUUGAGGCGCACAAACAAUCUAUGUCUACGAUAUCAUGACAUUCUUAUGUCUUGAAUUGGCAUUGAUGCUUAUGUGGAAGUCUGAUCAUUCCAAGUGUUCUGGGAUUUCUGAGGGUAUGUGGGCACGUAUCAAAAAUGGAAUAUACAAGGGAGAUCUGGCGCAGGUUGUGGCAGUGAAUGAUUCACGGAAGAAAGUGACGGUGAAGCUGAUUCCAAGAAUAGACUUACAAGCCAUUGCCAACAAAUUUAGGCACUGAUUCAUUGAGCUAUUGGGGUGUAAUGCCUAUUGAAGUUGAACUCCUGAAGUUUGAACCUUCUAAAAGUGAUGGACCCUAAGAUGUAGAGUGGCUUACCCAGCUUUAUGUGACCGGAAGAAAAAGAGAAUCAUAAAUGGUUUGAAGGUUGUUCAGAAAGGAGGUGAGAAAGGAGAGGGUUCUUCAAGCUCUAGCAUGGAAAAUAAUUUCAAAGUAGAUGAUCUUGUAUUUUUUGGUAGGAAUGAUUUAGGCAUUAUUAUUGGCAAGGAGAAAGAUGAUAUCUUUAAGAUCAUGAAAGAUGGUUCAGAGAGACCUGUGAUAGUGAGCAUUCAACUGCGUGAGUUGAAGCGUGCGUCUUUUGAUAGGAAGCUAUUCACUGUGAAAGAUCAACUGACCAAUACCAUCUCAGUUGGUGAUAUGGUUAGAGUUUUGGAUGGUCCCUUGAAGGGAAGUGAGCAAGGCUCCUCAGGUUUUGCAAAUUUCUCAUCAUCCCCUAAAUCCCCUCUUUCGCCUGAGAAAUCUUGGAGAGUGAAGGAUGAUAACUGCAGCGUCAAGCAUGAUGAUAAAGAUGAAAUGUGUUCCGUUGGCCAGUGUCUAAGAAUCCGAGUGGGGCCUUUGAAAGGGAUAUAUUUGUCGUGUAUUAGCCAUUUGACGUUCUGAUGUUACAGUAAAGCUUGAUUCCCUGCAAAAAAUUCUUACAGAUCAAAAACAUGAAGUCCGAAGAACCUAUUCUUGAAGAAAGUGCAUAGCAAGUUGAAGAACAAGAGAAUUUUGUUAUUGUGAUGACCCAAAAGGUCAUCAUUCGUUUUGAAAGUAAAUUCUAUAUUUCGAGGCUUUAAAAAGCUUUUUGUCUCA